AUGGCUUUACCCAAACCUAUUGUCUCGAAUUCUACUUCGCAAGCUGGUGCUGCCGUUUCUUUCCCGGAUGGCUACUGGAUGAACGAUUUGUCUGGCAAGGGAAUCUCGCCUUUCAACAGCAACCCAAACUACAAGGUCUUCCGCAACGUAAAGGACUAUGGAGCCAAGGGUGACGGUGUCACUGAUGAUUCCGAUGCUUUCAACCGCGCCAUGUCUGAUGGCAACCGCUGCGGCCCCUUUGUGUGCGACUCUUCGACUGAUUCGCCAGCCGUCAUCUACGUUCCGUCUGGAACGUACCUGAUUGGCAAGCCCAUCAUCUUCUACUACAUGUCACAGCUCAUCGGUAACCCUCGCAAUCUUCCUACGCUGAAGGCUGCGUCGUCGCUUCAGGCCCUUGCCAUGAUUGACGGAAACCCAUACAGCAACCAGAACGGCGAGCCUGGCUGGAUCUCGACCAACCUGUUUAUGCGCCAGAUCCGCAACUUGAUCAUUGAUGGCACUGCUGUUCCACCCACCCAGGGCUUCCAGGGUAUUCACUGGCCCGCCUCGCAGGCUACCACGAUCCAAAACGUCAAGAUCCGCAUGACGCAGGCAUCCAACUCUGUGCAUGCUGGCAUCUUUGUCGAGAAUGGCUCGGGUGGCCACAUGGCGGACCUGGACAUUUCGGGUGGUCUGUACGGCAUGAACGUUGGCAACCAGCAAUUCACCAUGCGCAACAUCAAGAUCACCAACGCCGUCGUGGGUAUCUCGCAAAUCUGGGACUGGGGCUGGUUGUACUCUGGGCUCCAGAUCAGCAACUGCGGCACGGCAUUUUCCAUGGGCAAUGGCGGUUCGGCCGGCAAGCUCGAGGUGGGCUCUGCCGUCAUCAUCGACUCUGAGAUUUCAAACUGCCAGAAGUUUGUCGACUCGGCGUGGACCACGGGCAGCCAGCCCACGGGCGCCGGCCAGCUCGUCCUCGAGAACAUCAAGCUGAGCAACGUGCCCAGCGCUGUCGUGAGCAACGGCAACACGGUCCUCGCUGGCGGAUCGCUUACCAUCCAGGCCUGGGGCCAGGGCAACAAGUACGCUCCCAAUCUCGCCGGCCCAUCCAAGUUCCAAGGCCCCAUCUCCGCCGCGACUCGCCCCAGCAGUCUCUUGGACAAUGGCAAGUACUACAGCAAGUCGAAGCCCCAGUACGAGACGCUCAGCACCAGUGACUUCAUCUCCGCCCGCGGUGCCGGUGCCACAGGAAACGGCGUGACUGACGACACUGCGGCCAUCAACGCGGCCAUCAAGCAAGCCGCAGCGCAGAACAAGGUGCUGUACUUUGAAUUCGGCGUGUACAAAGUCACAAACACCAUCUACGUGCCCGGCGGCUCGCGCAUGGUCGGCGAGACCUUCUCCGUCAUCAUGGGCUCGGGCUCCACCUUUGGCGACCAGAACAACCCGGUUCCCAUUAUGCAGAUUGGCAAGUCCGGCGAGUCCGGCAGCAUCGAGUGGUCCGACAUGAUUGUGCAAACACAAGGCUCGACCCCGGGCGCAAUCGUCAUCCAGUACAACCUCAACACGGCGCGCGGCUCCGGUCUCUGGGACGUGCACACGCGCAUCGGCGGCGCAAAGGGAACAAACCUGCAAAUCGCCCAGUGUCCCGCUAUCCUCGGACAGGUCAAACCAGAAUGCAUGGCCGCGCACACCGACGUGCACAUUACCAAGGGCGCCAACGGCGCCUACUUUGAGAACAACUGGUUCUGGACGGCCGACCACGAUCUCGACGACGCGGAUUCGACCCGCGUAAACAUCUACGUCGGCCGCGGCCUGCACAUCGAAGCCGACACGGCGUGGCUGUGGGCCAGCGGCGUCGAGCACCACACCAUGUACCAGUACCAAUUCAACAACGCCAACAACAUUUUCGCCGGCUACAUCCAAACCGAAACCCCGUAUUUCCAGCCCACGCCCUCAGCCCCCGCGCCCUACGUCUCGUCGUCCAAGUACAGCGACCCCACGUACGCAUCCACGGGUGCAUCGGCCUGGGGCAUGCGCCUGCUGAAUGCCAAGAACGUCAUGAUCUACGGUGGCGGGCUGUACUCGUUUUUCAAAAACUACUCGGUCGACUGCUCGUCGCCUACCGCGGCAAACGGCUUCCGCAACUGCCAGACGCGCAUCUUUAGUAUCGAGGGCUCCAGCUCCGUCCAGGCAUAUGGCUUCAGCGAGGUCGGCGUCGAGUACAUGGUUACGGCUGCGGGCCAGGACAAGGCGCUGUGGAAGGAUAAUUUGAGUGUGUAUCCUACCACGAUUGGCUGGUUGAGCUAUGGGUUUUAG